UCGGAAAAAUGUGCUCAACCGGUAUAAUAGUUUCCUAAUUAAUCUGACGUUAUUUAUAAAUGUAAACAAUACGAAAAAUAACAAUGGAGCAGGUACAAAGUCUUAAAGGUAAAAUAGAUCAAGCAGUUCGCACCGCUGAAGAAUUCACAAAAUUAUAUUACGAUACUGUUGACAAACGAAGGCAUUGUAUUGCAAAAUUGUACUUGGACAAUGGAUUGCUUACGUGGAAUGGAAAUGGAAUAUCUACCAGUGAUAGAAUACAAAAAUUUUAUAUGGAUUUACCUUCAUCGGAACAUUGUGUUAUUACAUUAGAUUCACAACCAAUAUUAGAUGCAGCAGUAAAUGGUCAAUUAACAUUUUUAAUUCAAGUAAGCGGAACUGUGAAAUACCAAGAUAAGCUACCAAAAACAUUCCAACAGAAUUUUGUAAUAACAGCGCAAGGAGAUAAAUGGAAGAUUGUUAACGAUUGCUUUAGGUUACAAGAGCCUUUGAAUGCAAGCGAUAAAAAUUAAUUUUAUAAAUAAUUAAUCUUAUAUGAUAAGGAAAUAAAAAAAAACUCAACUUUUUGUAAUAAAA